UGCGAACCCCGCCACGCUAUAAGCUAGGCCUCUCUCAUCGCCCCAGCCAGUUCACAACGAACAUCGCUCCUCUUCCUCAAGUCAGCCGUCUCCUUCCCGGCGAGCAAAAUGGUCUCCGCCGACGCAGCUCGCAACAUCGUCGGCAUCAUCGGCAAUGUCAUCUCCUUCGGGCUCUUCCUCUCCCCUACGCCAACGUUAUGUCGGAUCUGCAAGGCCAAGGAUGUGGAGGAGUUCAAGCCGGACCCCUACCUCGCGACGCUGCUCAACUGCAUGCUCUGGGUCUUCUACGGCCUCCCCAUCGUCCACCCCAACAGCAUCCUCGUCGCCACCAUCAACGGCAUCGGGCUCGUCAUCGAGGGCGCCUACCUCAUCAUCUUCUUAAUCUACUCCACCAACAACAAGCGGCUGAAGAUGCUCGGCGUGCUCGCCACCGAGGCGGUGUUCAUGGUGUGCGUGGUGAUCGGCGUGCUCCUCGAUGCCCACACCCACGAGAAGCGCUCCAUGAUCGUUGGCAUCCUCUGCGUCAUCUUCGGCUCCAUCAUGUAUGCCUCCCCGCUCACCAUCAUGGGUAAAGUGAUCAGGACCAAGAGCGUGGAGUACAUGCCAUUCUUCCUGUCGCUGGUGAACUUCCUCAAUGGGUGCUGCUGGACGGCCUAUGCGCUCAUCAAGUUCGAUCUCUAUGUAACGAUCCCCAAUGGCCUUGGCGCUUUUUUCGGCCUCGUCCAGCUGAUCCUCUACGCCUGCUACUACAAGUCGACCCCGAAGAAUGAUAACAUAUCCGUCACCGUCGAGAGAUAAAACCUGGCUUUGCAGCAGUAGCAAGCCCGCCGUCGCCGAUCAAAUCCGGCCCACCAACGGCUGAGAUUUUAGCCAAAAACAUGUUGAAUAGUUAUGAAUUCCUGGUGACGCUUCAGCAAGUGUGGUGCUAGCUAGUACCAUUUGUUAGGCAGAGUCGUCUAAGUGUGCCUUUGUUUCGUGAACCAUUGUCGUCUGUAUAGUGCAAAACUGAUGGAACAAUGUAUACGUAGCUGAGUUGUCCCAGAUAGUGAAUGAGACCAUGCUUGUCA